AUGCGAAGAACGGUUUAUCCUCCAGCAGGGUCUCCCAAGAUGAGAAGUUCCGGAAGAAGAGUUGAGGUUUCCGGUUCUCCGGAUGCCCAGCCAAGAGUCAGCGAUUGCCUGAGGCGAAAGCUUGGAGGCCUUGAUAAGGCUGCUAACUUUGGGAAUUUUCUAUCGCUUGCACAGCAUGUAAAUGAAACAAAACCUCUACACACUACAUCACAUCUCCGGCGUCUCUUAAAGACCAGAGUGCUUGCACAGGAGGCCAUCUCGACCAAAAGGACACGUCAACGACCAGCUAUGGAGAUUGUCUCAUGCUCUGCAGCUGCAACGUCACGGCAUACCAGCGCUGACCUUCACUCUCUUCUCGAAGCUGCAGGGCGCAUCAACUACCAAUUUAUCGCUCUAUACUAA